GUUACAGCUCUUUUAGAAUUUGUCUAGCAGGCUUUCCGGUUCCUACCGGAAAGCCCCUCCCACACUAGUCGAUAUCAACAAUAGAAAAAUACUUGGUUGGGAAACUGUUGUUUUUUUGUUGAUACGGGUUUUAUUUUUUUGGUCUAUGUGUUGCCCAGUUGUUGGCGGAGAAGAUCCGGGGGGUUGGGACUCUUGUCUGGAAGUUUCCGGCUCUGUCUGAUGUAGCUUCCCGUUCGCCUCCCCCCUGCGCCGGGAGGGCCGCGCUAGGAGCUGGUUCGUUUCUUGCCAGCUUGUCGUUGCCGCACGUGCAUCUUUUGUCCCAUGGCGUCCGCCUCGGCUCAGUCCGCGGCCCUGAGCGCCGAGCAGGCCAAGGUGGUCCUGGCCGAGGUGAUCCAAGCGUUCUCGGCGCCGGAGAAUGCCGUUCGCAUGGACGAGGCUCGGGACAACGCGUGUAACGACAUGGGCAAAAUGCUGCAAUUCGUGCUGCCCGUAGCCACGCAGAUUCAGCAGGAGGUUAUUAAAGCCUACGGCUUCAGCUGCGAUGGGGAAGGUGUUCUUAAGUUUGCCCGCCUUGUUAAGUCUUACGAAGCCCAGGAUCCUGAGAUUGCCAGCCUGUCGGGGAAGCUGAAGGCUCUGUUCCUGCCGCCCAUGACCCUGCCGCCCCAUGGGCCUGCUUCAGGUGGCAGCGUGGCCGCCUCCUGAGGACUGGCCCUCCCGUUAACACUGCUGGGGAAGGGAAGACCUAAUUGUACUGCAGGAUAAUAAAUGUGCCUGUGACUUAG